AUGGAUCACAGUGCGGAUGCUCAACGCACGGACUUGAUGACCAUCACCCGUUUCGUUCUGAACGAACAGUCCAAGCACCCUGAGUCUCGUGGCGAUUUCACAAUCUUGCUCAGUCACAUUGUUCUCGGCUGCAAGUUCGUUUGUUCUGCUGUUAACAAGGCUGGUCUUGCUAAGCUUAUUGGACUUGCUGGCGAGACGAAUGUCCAGGGUGAGGAGCAAAAGAAACUGGAUGUGCUUUCCAAUGAUGUCUUUAUCAAGGCUUUGGUCAGCAGUGGACGAACAUGCAUCUUGGUGUCAGAAGAAGAUGAGGAAGCAACAUUUGUGGAGCCUUCUAAGCGUGGAAAGUACAUUGUUGUUUUUGAUCCGCUGGAUGGUUCCUCGAACAUUGAUUGUGGUGUUUCCAUCGGCACAAUUUUUGGCAUUUAUUUGGUGAAAGAAGACCGUGAACCAACCAUAGAAGAUGUUUUGCAACCUGGGAAGAACAUGUUGGCAGCGGGUUAUUGUAUGUAUGGAAGCUCUUGCACGCUUGUGUUAAGCACUGGAACUGGUGUUAAUGGUUUCACUCUUGAUCCAUCUCUUGGAGAGUUUAUUCUAACUCACCCUGACAUCAAGGUACCGAAGAAAGGGAAGAUCUAUUCAGUGAAUGAAGGAAAUGCUAAAAACUGGGAUGGUCCUACUACUAAGUAUGUGGAGAAUUGCAAGUUUCCAAAAGAUGGUUCAUCACCAAAGUCCCUAAGAUAUGUUGGAAGCAUGGUAGCUGAUGUUCACCGGACAUUUCUUUACGGAGGUAUCUUUCUGUACCCGGCUGAUAAAAAGAGUCCAAAUGGGAAACUUCGUGUACUCUAUGAAGUCUUCCCAAUGUCAUUCUUGAUGGAACAAGCAGGAGGACAGGCUUUCACUGGCAAGCAAAGGGCACUUGAUUUGGUUCCAACGAAGUUGCACGAGCGAUCUCCCAUAUUCCUUGGUAGCUACGAGGAUGUGGAGGAAAUUAAGGCCCUUUACGCUGUUGACAAUGGUUUGGAAUGA